AUGCAGUUCGCCAACAGCCUCGCUCUCGGAGCAAUCCUUUGCGCUUUCGUCAUUAACGCACACAUGUCCAUGACUUGGCCACUUCCCUUCCGUUCUGCGCUCAACCCCAACUCCGUCAAAUCUCAAAUCGACUACAGCAUAACCGCUCCACUCGAAGCCACCGGUGCAAACUUCCCUUGCAAGUACAACGACAUGGGUACGGCUGGAGGAAAAUCUGUCGUCACUUGGUCCGCAGGUCAAACCGCAAACUGGACCAUCGGAACCGGUGCCAUUCACGGUGGAGGAUCCUGCCAAGUCGCACUCUCCUACGAUUCUGGAAAGUCAUUCAAGGUCAUCCAUUCUUACAUCGGAAGCUGUCCUACCGCAUUCAGCUCAAGCGCCGAUUUCACUGUUCCUGCCGACGCCCCAGCCGGAGAAGCAAUGUUCGCUUGGACUUGGCAAAAUCAGAUCGGUAACCGCGAGUUCUACAUGUCUUGCGCUGCCGUCACCAUCGAAGGCACAAAAGCUCGCGCUGCUCCAGCUGUCGCAUUUUCUGCCCGUCCCGAUCUCUUCCUUGUCAACCUUGGCAAUGGAUGCACAUCUGUAGAAGGUAAGGCCGUCAACUAUCCAAACCCAGGCCCAGAUGCAGAUGUUACACGCCAGACUUCAGACUCAGGUACUUUCACCGGAACUUGUGGUCCUGUCAAUGGUGUUGCCUCAUCUGGCUCUGAUGCAUCGGGCUCAGCCUCAGAGAGUGCAGGAAGUGCAGGAAGUGCAGGAAGUGCAGAAAGUGCAGAAAGUGCAGGCAGUGUAAUCUCCAGUGCUCCAGCAGCUCCCGUAUCAUCUGCCCCGGCAGUUGGUGCGCCAUCCGCUCCAGUACCUGUUGCUUCUUCAAGCACAACUCCAGUUUCCAUCGUAAUCCUCCCAACCGUUGCAGCUUCAUCUACACUCAGCUCAGCCACCAUCAUCGCAACAUCCGCACCAGCUUCACCAACAUCAGGCACCAGCUCUCCCUCAUCUUCAGGAACCAGCUCCGGAGCCCUUCAGGCCUCGGUCGACGGUCUCUGUUCUGCAGAAAAAACAUGUACCGGCUCCGGCUUUGGUCCAUGUUGCUCCAAGGACGGAUUCUGUGGAAUUGGUGAUGCUUGGUGUGGCACCGGUUGUCAACCCGGCUUCGGAUCUUGUGGAACUACUCUCAACUCCACUUCUACUGCCAAUCCCAUCAGAAAGAUCAGAGGAAGAAGUUGGAGACAUUAA